AUGAACGAUUUAUCAGUCACAACUUUCACUCAAGACGGCUAUAUUAAGUAAGUAGAGUAUGCACAAAAAGCAGUCAGCGAUAGCGAAACUAUUUUAGGUGUAAGAUGUAAGGAUGGUGUUAUUUUAGGUGCUGAAAAGAAAUUAUAAACUAAACUUAUGGUUGAAGACUCUGACAGAAGAAUUUAUAAUAUUUAAAAAAAUAUCGGAAUGAUUGUUGGUGGUAGAAUUCCAGAUGGUAGAAAUGUAGUCCAUAGAGCUAGAAAAGAAGCUUAGGAAUACGAAAAAUAUUUUUCUAUGCCAAUUUCAGGAAGAAUUUUGUCUGAAAGAACAGGAUAAUAUCUUCAUGCUCACACUUUAUACGGAGCCUACAGACCUUUUGGUUGCUCUGUUAUUAUUUCAUCAUAUGAUCCUAUUGAUGGUCUUCAAUUACAUCAAUCUGAUAACGCUGGUUACUGCUUAGGUUAUUAUGCUUGUGCUUAAGGAUAAGGUAAACAAGAAGUUAUGGCCCAUUUCGGUAGAAGAAAUUUUAGAGAUUUAACUUGUGAAGAAGCCCUUCCCUAUGUUAUAUUAGCUUUAAAUAAGGCACGUAAAGAAGCCAAUGAAGGUAUUUAUCAAUAUGAAGUAAGUUGGAUCACUGAAAAGAAUAACUAUGUUCAUUGCCAUGUUCCAAACGAUAUUAGAGACUCUGCCCAAGUUCAAGCUGAAGCUAUGAUUGAAGCUGAAGAUUCUGCUUGA